AUGAAGUCUGCUGUGUUUCUCUCUACGAUGAUUCCCAGUGUGCUGGGCACAACCAUCUACCUGGCCGGCGAUUCCACCAUGGCCAAGGGGGGAACUGGAUCCGGUACUGCAGGAUGGGGCGAGUAUGUGUCCCCUUAUACAUCAGCCAGUGUAUCCAACCAAGCCGUAGCCGGCCGCAGUGCACGAUCAUACACCCGCGAGGGCCGAUUCGAUACCAUCGCCAGCGAAGUGCAAUCCGGAGACUGGGUCAUCAUCGAAUUCGGACACAACGACGGCGGCUCGCUCUCGACAACAGACAACGGUCGCACCGACUGCUCCGGCACGGGAGAUGAGACCUGCACCACGACAUAUGGCGGCGUGACAGAAACCGUGUUGACCUUCCCUAAGUAUUUGGAAAACGCAGCCAACAUGUUCAAGGCCAAGGGUGCCAAUGUGCUCAUCUCGAGCCAAACCCCCAACAACCCAUGGGAGACCGGCACCUUCACCUACUCCCCGUCGCGGUUCGUGGCAUAUGCCGAGCUGGCAGCCCAGACAGCAGGCGUAUCAUAUGUGGACCAUGGAGCAUACGUGGCAGACAUCUUCGAGUCUCUGGGCGCGGAUGUGGUCGAUGCAUACUUCCCACUCGACCAUACCCAUACGAGUGCCGAAGGGGCCUCGGUGGUGGCCCAAGCGUUCUUCAAAGCCGUGGUCUGUGGAGGUGUCGGAUUGGAGAGUCUCUUGAACACCAAUGAUUUCGAGGGUGAAUGUCUUUGA